CGGACGAUUGGACGGGGAUUUGCGUCACUUCGCCCACGAUGUCUUCGCUACGUUUUUUUUGCGGCAUAUUCGUCGACGAUUGGUCGUCCGUGUUUGCUUCGCGACGAAAAGUCGAUGACAAGUCCGUGUUGAGAUGGUCGGCCUGGCCAUCGGGACCUCCGUGAGAUACAUGUAAGAGUAUAUUGCGCGUUCUUUUUUCUCGGACCUUAUCUCAAUUACGUCAACGCGUGAUCGCUAAGGUAUUCGAUGACACAGUCUCCGCGUCGACGGAAAAACACGAAACGUUAGAUCGGUGACCACCACCGGUGGUUGUUCAGUGACUGCAUGUGACGACAAAACGAGAAACCGCAGCGCAUCUUCCGAGAGAGGUGUAGGUCUCCGAGUUUGACGUCGGUUCAACUCGAGAGACGAGAUGCCCGAACAAAAUGUUAACGAUCAGUAUUCAACAUGGAUUGGACUCGUUUAUAUCUUCAAUCUCAUUGUUGGAACGGGAGCUCUGACUUUGCCAGCUGUGUUCAGUCGAGCGGGAUGGAUACUCGGAUUGAGUGUCAUUUUGGUGUUGGCGUUCAUCAGUUUUGUUACAGUAACGUUUGUAAUAGAAGCAAUGGCAUCGGCGAAUGCUAUCGUCACAUGGAGACAUCUUCAGCAUCGGAAACGCGUCUUACAGACAAUAGGUGAAUCAGGUCCUUCCAAUUCGGAUUCGGAAGAUACUCCGUUGGUGGCUCCUUUAUCCACCGCCACUCCCACCACCUCCGCCACAACCACCACUAGCAGCCCGGAGCGUUCCGAUAUGGUUUACAGAUAUUAUGUGAUUCGUGAUAAAAUAGAGAUGGGACAGAUGGCAUCUAUUUUUUUCAAUCGAUUUGGAACCACUCUGUUUUACUUGUGUUUGGCUAUUUAUUUGUAUGGAGAUUUGAGUAUUUACGGCGCAGCAGUUGCCAAGUCGGUAGCUGAUGUCGUUUGCACGUAUAUGCCAGAAAAUCUUACUUGCAACGACACCAUACCAGACACCGAACCGUGCUGGGAAAAUUACGAACUAAAUCGUUCGGAUGCGUACAGAAUAUUCUUGACGUUGUUUGUGUUAUUAUUGGGACCGUUUGUAUUUUUCAAUGUUCAGAAGACCAAGUAUCUUCAGCUGUUGACGUCGGCAAUGCGAUGGCUCGCAUUUAACAUAAUGAUUCUGUACGCUGUAAUAAGUCUCAUACGGUACGGCCCUCGGGGCGAUCCGCCUACCGCCAAUUUAACCGGGAUUCCCGGUCUUUUCGGUGCUUGCGUCUAUUCCUUCAUGUGUCAUCACUCGUUACCAGCUCUAGUCGCGCCAAUAGCGAAUAAAUCCAUGAUAAAUCGAUUUCUCGCUCUCGAUUACGUACUUAUCGCUUUCUUUUAUCUGUUACUGGCUCUCACGGGCGCUUUCGCCUUCGAACAUUUGGAUGAUCUUUAUACCUUGGACUUUGGACCACGUGGCUCGGGCAAUUGUUCCAAGAGUGACAAUAUUUUUAUGCUGUUUAUAGAGUAUUUCCUAGCUCUCUUCCCCGUGUUCACUCUGAGUACGAGUUUUCCCAUUAUAGCGAUCACUCUGCGAAAUAAUCUGCAGUCGCUCUUUUUGAACGAAGAUACGUCCUACAAUGUUUUUCAAAAACUCGUCUUCCCCAUUUUGGCGAUAUUGCCGCCGUAUCUGAUCGCGCUCUACACCAAGGAUCUGUCAAUAUUAGUUGGUAUCACAGGAUCGUACGCGGGAGCAGGAAUUCAGUAUUUGAUACCCACGUUUCUGGUUUACUACGCCAGACAGGAAACCAACAAGGUCAUCGGCCUGGGUGUCAAGAACAAAUUCGCAAGUCCUUUCUCGAACAAGUAUUGGUUGGUUUUCGUCGUGGCGUGGGCUAUCGCUUGUAUGAUCUUAGUGUCAGUCAAUUUCAUACAGAUACAUCAUCGAACGAUGGUCAGUUAAUAGCAAAAUGAAAAUUUAUCUUAUACGUAAAACUACGUAAUAAUAAUAUCGUAGAUCAAAAGCAAGAGAGACAGAAAGAAAGAGAAACUUUUAUGAGAGAAAAAAAUACUCUAACGAUAUAUAAAGUGCAGAUGGAUAUAUUGAUGAAAGUUACUUUGCAUAUCCUGAAUAUGUAUAUUUUCUUUUUAACAAUAUAUAUCACGCGCGGUAUUGGGAACGCGAAACAAAAACAGUAAAAAACAAUUUCACAUUAGCGAUGAAAUCCAACGGUGGUUAUUAUUACGACGGGAUAUGUAACACGACUGAUUUGCGAUCUGUAAGACUUGAGAUCUCCUUAGCGCAGGAUAAUAAUAUACUAAUUUUUAAGACGUCAUUUGUGUGUGCAGUUGCGUGCUCACACGUACUCAUGGCGAACCGACAAUACUUUGGCACAAGUCGGCACAUAUGUACAAGUCAAAUACCGUGUAAGCUUAAGAUGUGGAUAAUAAUCUGUAGAAGAAAAAAAAUUAUCGUCUUUAUAUAUGCGUAUAUAUUUUAAUUAGUAUCGUAGAGAAAGAGAGAGAGAGAGAGAGAGAGAGUAAACUAUUGUGUCAUCGUGGACAGAUGUGCGUAAUUUUGUUCUUCUGAGACGAUUCUGUAAACAGCCGUAAUGUGCAUUUUAUAUAUAUAUAUAUUUUACUUGUACACACAGUAAAAAUCACACAACUUUUCCUCUGUUUGCGCAUUCUCGUAAUGAGACAAUUGACAUGGGUGAUAAUAGCAGCGAUAGUAAAGAAGAAGCGUCAUGUUGUUAUGUCGUUUUUUUGUUUUUUCUUCUUUUUCUUUUUUGAUGUCGUAUUUUUGUAUACGUGUAUAAAAACUGCCAAAAAAAAAAAAAAUAAUUCGCAGGAUGUCCGUAAUAACUGUGUACCUGUGCGAGCAUAACGUACAAUGAAGAGUAUAUGUUCAAUUGAAGAAUGUUGCGCGCGCGUAUAUAUAUGUAUAUGUAAUUAUAUAUAUAUAUAUACAUAUAUCUAUUAUAUUUUCCAAAAGCAAUUGAAAAACGGAUAAUAAUAAAUAGUUGAUUAUACAAGUCUUCUCUGCCGAUUUAUUCGCCAUCGGUAUAAUACACAUAUGUAUACACAUAUAUGUCUCUCUAUACUUAUUCCGUACGAGAUCCACAGAUCUUAUAACACAGAUAGAUUUCUCUUCAAGAUUUCAACACGAUACAAGAUAGCACGAUAAAAGCAUAAUAAUUGUUCAUUUUUCGAUAAAAGUUCAUGUGUCCCUGAUUAAAUGGAUUAGCGCGGAAUGCGUUAUACAAUCGCCCCUUUUUUUUUUUUUUUUUUUGCAUAGGCACGAUAUUUAAAAUCUUGAAUAUAAACAGCUUUGACCUUAUACGUGGUAAUAUAUAUUAUAUAUAGAGCAGACUUUCUAAGAGUUUGCACGUUCGCUCCACGUGAAGUCACAUUAAACGCUAUUCGACCGCUGUGUGUGUAUGUGUUUGUGUGUAUGUGUCAUAACGCACAGCGUUUCUAAACUUUUUUUUGUUUAAUUACAUUAUAUAAUUCGCAGUUUGCGUUAGCUCUGGUAUGGGGAAAAAGCAAUAUUUAAAAUUGCGCUUUGACGAAUUUCUAAGCAAACUCCAAGAACAUACAAAAGGAAUUUGUUACAUUCGCGUAAAUAACGUAAUAAUAAAAAAAACAAAAAAAAACAAAAAUAAAGAGAACUGAGUUGAAAUAAAUAAAACAUUCACAAUAAUAAUCUCAUUCGUCUUAAAAACUAGAUUUCACAAACAACAACAAAAGUAACAGGUAGUACAUACGUGUCUUGUCGAGUUGUAAGAGUAAAAAAAAACAAAGCUCGACGUUACAAUGCACGGCAAGUAUUAGUGGAGAACACGUUUAUGUGGGGAGCGUAAGUAAAUACCAAGAGGAGAAGAACAUAUAUGUCGUUAUAAUUUAUACUCAAUGCAAUAUAUAUGAGUACGUUUGUAAUAAUAAAUAGCCUUUUUUCUUUAAAUAUAUUUAUAUACGAUUUGAUUUGUUUCUUUGGUUUCUUUUUUUCGCGAACAAACACUUUUCGCCACCGGAAUGUACAUGUAUGUAUAUAUAUACAUACAUAUAUAUAUAUACACACAUAUAUAUAUAUAUAUAUAUAUAUAUAUAUAUACUGGAUGCCUAAGGAGUAAAAUUACACGACAGAUACAUCUCUUCGCUCCAACUCAGGGCACUCGGGUGCUUGUACUAAUUAUAUCCCAUCUUUUUCACUCAGUCAGUCUUUAACGCCUACGAGAAGUAUCGCAAAGAUAUUUUCAUCUAUAUAUUCGUGAUUGUAUGUGUGUGUGUAUGUGUGUAUAUAUGUAUGUAAAUUCUGUUAAAAUCUCUCUUAAUCUUACAUAUUUUGACGCUAAACUUUGGAGAUCGGAUUUCGAGAUAUGUAUCUUUGUGCUUCGGCAUUUAGAUUCGGCACUAGGCUGAUAAUUCAAUUAUGUGAAUUGAUACGCGAGUAACAUGUGUGUUUGAUACGUUUCUUCCUUACUUUUUUUUUUUUAUGUUGAUCCAAAAAAUGUCAAA